AUGACUCCAUCGGAUUGUCGAGUAUGGUUUUCUGGAGGAUUCAAUAGCCAGUCUAUUGAUUUGACGGACUCGAGCGCAAAGCAUGUCCCGCCGCCUUUGGUAGAUACUUCGCCGCAAUUAAUAUCUCACGCACAUCCACCAAGUUGGAAACAGACGACCUUGAGCAUAGUCCCUGAUCUACCCCACCACGGUCAAUUCCCCGGCCUAGAUAUUUCAUUCGACCUCUCAUCAUCAACCACUUCACCUCUGGCAGACCUCACCCCGGCUCACGCGGAAAGGGACAAAGCAGAUCACAUCUGCAACGACCUUGGAAGCUUUGCUGCCCUAUACCUUGACUUAAAUCACCUUGCCCUGGUGUCAAGUGUGUCUGUGAUGAGGUGCAAGCGCAGUCGUUGGCAAUUGCUAGAUGCGGAGUGGCCUUACGCGUACAAUCUGGGGGCGGUUAACCAAUUACUCACGAGUCCAAGCCUUCAGUCGCUCGCUUCAAUCCAAACGGCAAAAGUCCUUUACGUGGAUCUCGCGUUCCCUUCAACACCCAUUGGUUGCCAAAUUCGAGCCAUGGCCAUGCCGCUUUGUAAACUUUGCCAGAAGAUCAGUAGACAGGACUGGAAAAUCGUACCUCUAAAACCUGAGGGCGAAUGGCUCCAACAUCAUCAAACUUACGGCAACCUCUGCAAGUCAGCCUUAGAAGGAUGGGGAUUAUACAUUCUCCUCAAGAAUGGUCCGCUGGACUGGGCCGGAACUCACGCAAACAAACUGUACAAAUGGCGCAACGGGCCAGUUCCGCGAGUGGGGUCGGCCGCUUGCCAGACCUGAUUCAUGCCUCCUAAAGGAUACUUCUUAUUCCAAAGCUUUUUUUGUUGUACAGCAUCAAACAUAUCCUGGAGACGGACUGGAUAUUCUGUCUAAUAAAACUCUUCUGAGUGGGUUCUACUAUCGCCGCGUGUACGUCGGAUAUUGGCGACGAUACCAGGGGUCC